AUGAAUUUGACAAUAAAUGAAAUACGGAAAUCAGGGACUCAUGUAUAAUAUAUGAUUAUGACAGACAGAAGAAGAACUAAAUCAAUUAACAUUAGAUGAAAACAUGGGAGAGUUGAGAAGAGCACAAUAUAUUCUUUAGAGAGGUCAUCCAAUUUAAAAAUAUGCAGUAUGAUAAAUAAUAAUUAGAUAUACUCAAACAUUCACAAGUUAUUUAAGGUGAGUGGAUUUAGUUUGUUACUUCCAAUAAUUAAUGAAGAUUUAGUGAAACAAGAUGAAGACACAAUAGGAAUUGCAAUUAAAGAAUUUUUGUUGAUUGCAAAGUAAAUGAAAGAGAAAGAGUAAUAAAUGUUAUUAAAUCAAACAUUUUAUUUCAUGAAGAAUUAUGUACUAAAAUUAGGAGAUGGAUGGUUUGAAUUAUUUGAAAUGUUAUAUUGUUGUGACAUACAUAAUUCAAUUAAGUUGAUAAAUGAAUUAACUGAUAUUGAUGCUGAUAUACAUUGGCGUUAGAGAGGUGCUCGAUUAUUACAAUAUAUACCUUAGAUUGAACGAAUUCAAUUACUUUGUAUGGAUAAAGAUCCACAGGUAAGGUAUGAGAUUGUAAAAACAAUUUAGAUUGUUUACUGUACUUUUACUCCUGAGAAAUUUAGUACUUAUUUGCAAAUGAAAGUAUGUAAAUAAUAUAAUAAUACAAGAUUUUUGAGUUGAUUUAUGAUUAUGACGUAUAAGUAAGAAUGGCAGCCAUUGAAAUGUUUUUUAUGGUUUAAUCUCAUUUAUAAGAUAGGGAAAAGAUGAUAACAAAAUAGUUCUUUGAAUUUCUAAGUUCCCAGAAUGUAUAAAUUAUAACAAUAAUGUCAAGAAUUUGUGGGAAAGUAUUAAUGGAAAUUAUGGAUGUAAAACCUGAUAUAUAAAAAUUUAUAAAAGUGUUCAUCUCAUUUGCAGAUAAUACAAAUGAGGAAUACCGUAUAAACUUUGCCUAUAAUUUUCCAGCAAUUCUCUAAAUCUUAAAAGGGGAUUGUUACGAUUAAUUGAAAGAAACUUAUUUAAGAUUAAUACAAUUUGAUACUUCAAUAUAAGUUAAGAAUUUGCUAUUAGCAAGUAUACCAGAUGUUAUAUCUACUUUAAAAAUUCAUAAAACUCAAUCAAUAAUUCCUUUAAUUCGUAAAAUGCUUGAUCAUCCAAUCAUUCAAUAUAAUCUCUAUUCAAUUAUAUAUGCUCUUUGGCCAAGUUAUGAUUAACAAGAGUAAUUGAUCUUAUCAGUAAUUAAUUAUUUAAUAUCUUGUAUAGAAAAUGUUGGUCAAUGAUAUAUUAAUAGAUCUAGUCAAAUAAUUAAACACUAAAGCAACUGUAGUAUUAUUAGAAUAAUUACUAAAGUAAAACAAUUUUAUAUAUACAGAGACUUCACGAGUUCUUUUAAUAAUGUGAUACCUAUCUCCUCUUAUUAGGUCCUCUUUUAAAUUUAUUAUCAGCAGAUUCUUUGAAUAUUAGAACAUUAGCUGCACAAAAUAUAGCUUAUUUGGCAUAUCAUGAUUAGUAUUCAUAAUUAUUACGAAUCAUAGAUCUAUUAAUAAUCAAAUGAUAAAUUUAUGUAUGAAUAGCAAUAAAUUCAGAAUGCGUAUCUGUUAUAUAGAUUUCAUUUCUUAAACUAUUGAUCUAUGUUCUAAAAGAUAUUUUCAUGUCAAUAAUUUCAUCAGCAUUUUAGCACUUAAUUAAGAUAAAAUUUUUGAUGUUCGUAUUAAACUUAGUCGUAUCAUGAAAAAGAUUUAAGCAAUCCUUUUAGAUAAUGAUGAAACUGCAUGUGCAGCAUAUCAUUAAGCAAUUAAAAAUUUAUAACGUGAUCCAAUCAUAAAAGAAGUAAAUAUUUUAAAUUAUUUUAGAUCUUAAAGUAAAAUGAAUCAUUGUCAUUUUAAUUUGGUGAUGAUUUCUUAAAAGAAUAAAAAGAACAUUUAUGUUUAGCUAGAGUAUCUGCUGAUGAUAUUGAUGUUAUCGAAAAAAAUGAACAUACAGGAUCAAUAUCACCUUUCAUUAUUAAAUCUAAGAAUGCCUAUGGACAUACUAGAAAAAGAUCAUCAAUAACUCGUUAACCAAUUAAUAGAUCAUAACCAAAUGCUUCAUUUACUCAAAAACUUACUUAAAUUCAAACUAAAUAUAAUCCAAUUAAAAUAUCUGAAGAUAUGAGUCGUAGAACUUCUGUUCCUCCUGUUCCUGGUCGUAAAUUACAAUUAACUUUAAAACCAACCAAUACUCAAUUGAAACCCAAAUUAAAUUAAUAACGAUUGAGAAAAUGA